AUUUUUAUACAUUUGCGUAAUUAGAUUUAAGAAUUUGCGUCUUAGUAGCAUAUUUUAUUUUCCUAUAAAUUUGUCUGUAUUUUGCCUACCUAAUUAUUUCUCAUUCGUUACCAUAGUCUUUAUAAAUGCAUUAAAAGCGUAUUUGUACAGGACGUUUUAGACUACAUUACCCAGAAUCCUUUCAAGAGCACAGUCACGUGUGUUGGGUUUAAAAUCACCACAGCAACGGGAGCGCGGAAGUGAAACCUGUUAAUUUAAACAACCAUUUGCACAACUAUUUACAUAAAUAGUGCACAGCGCCACUUAUAAUGAAAGCAAACGUCAAAUCGUCACCUUUAGAAAAAAGUGUGCAGCAGCCAACGAUAACUGGAGCAGACCGCGGGCCGAGGCCAGCAGGAGUUCCAGCGUUAGAGCUAGAGACCCUGCAAGACACGGAGGAGGAGCAUUUCGCCAUAAUUCCAAAGGAUGCUGCUGGCAAGAUUGUCCCAGGAGAUCUGACAGGGCUCUCCAUGAGCUGGGGCUCUCCAGCCUCCACACAAACACAGCAGUGUUUUGCGACCGAGAUGAAGGACUCUGCUGUGGUGUCUGCUUUGGAUAAGGGAGAAUCACUACAGCUGAGCUACAGAGUCCAGACACAGAGAAGUCCACUGUCUAGUCACAAACCCAACCUAGAUUCAUCACACUUCAGCUGUAAAAUCACAGCACAAACCAACUACAACCAGUCCAACACUGUACGACCAAACAGCAAGAUGAGGGAUGCGGCGGAGCUUACCGAGGACAGGAAACUGCAAGCAGUAAUUGAGCAGGUUAUGGUGGAUCAGCUGUCGAGGGCUGUCAUUAGCGAUCCAGAACAGAAUGCUGUGUCUGUCAGUCCCACGAGUGUCCCACUACGCUACAGGAGAACUCUUCACCACACUAAAGUAAAAACUAGGAUGUCUUUAACAGAGAACAUCUUAUCCAACAAGCUCUGCUUUCAAGCCAGGAUUUUAUCAAGGUGUGGACAUGAAGCAUGUCGAAAACUGAUUGGCUUCUUUUUCACAUGUGACCAAACACUGACCGUGUACGAGUACCGAAAUUUUGGUAAAAACAGAUGGAACGCGCUGCCCUUUAUCACGCGUGGUGUGUAUUUGAACGGAGGGAGGCCGUACUGCCUGCAGGACAUCUACCAGGGUGCCGAGCUUCGUUUCUGUACAGACGGCCCACACCUCCCCCAAAGUCUGAGACAGCAGCCGUGCCUGACCCUCAGAGUUACUGAUGUGGAUGACACAGCCAAGAGAGCCCUGGUAACUCAGUCUGGGGAAACUCUACAUCGUCUCUCUGAAGAGGAAAUCAGCGAUCAAAACACUCUAAAGGAAAUUCAAGGUGCAGUGCGUGAUAGGCUGAAGGGACAUGCGGUCCGAACCCUGAUCAAUCUAGGAAGAGAUCUGCAGACCUUACAUUUAAAGUCUGAUUGGAUUCAGCAAAAAGAACUGCUCAGACGAUCUCUGAUGGAGCAGCUGUGCCUCACUCAGCAGGACUUCGAGGCGGUGUGGAGGAUUGUGAGUCGGCGUGCGGAGGGGCGGGUGCACCCCGCUGAUGUGAUGCGUGCCGUUACCGGGGAGAUGAGCGAGAACAGAAAAGCCGUCUUCCUGAAGGUUUAUGUAAAGCUUGACCCAAAUAAAACUGGCUCCAUCUUCCUCAGCGAUACUGAAAAAUUCUAUAGAGGCAAACAAGAGUCUGACGCAGCACUCAAAGCCGAUCUGAACCCUGACUUCCUGGCCUUCGUACGGGAAGCAGGAAAGAUCACCAAAACCGUGUCCUACGCUGAGUUUGAGGACUAUUAUGAGGGUCUGAGUAUUGAAAUCCCUGAUGAUGAAGAAUACAUCAACAAUCUGAGAGCUACGUGGAGUAUCUGAGAACAUCUGCCUUGUUUUUGGAAGGACAUUUUCUGAAUAUGAGUGAAAUAUUGAGCUAUUAUGUUUGUUAAUACUGUUUGUCAUUAUAUAUUAUUCUUCAUAUUAUAUUAUUCAUAGUAUACAGUGUUAGUAUAGCACAGUGUAGAGUACAAUUAAAAAUUUCAGGUAUCAAUAAGAUUAAUACUUUUAUUCAACAAGGAUGCAUUAAAUUGAUCAAAAGUGACAGUAAAGACAUUUAUAAUGUUACAAAAGAUUUCUACUUUAAAUAAAUGCUGUUCUUUUGAACUUUCUAUUCAUC